UCUCCAGGACAAAGCGAAGAAGCUAAAUAUUACAAUGACAAAGUAACCGUGAAGAAGGAUCAGGAAAAUCUCAUAUUUACUUUCAUUAUGGGAAAUCAGACCAUGGCUCCACCAGAGAAACAGAUAUUAACUGACUGGUGUCUACGCAUUAUACCAACCCCAAUUAAAUUUAAACCACUCUCAAGGGCUGACGUUUGGCUGUGGUGUGGAGGAGAUAGGCUAUAUGAUAGGUUGCCAAAUAAUGCGUCAGGAAUGUGUGCACCUAUCACUCUCUUGCUUCCCACCACAGUUAUCCCCGUAGGAGAGGAAGAUAUUUUGACGAACACCGAUCUCCAAAAGGUGGUUCUAGGAUCCGCAGAGCGCAGGAAAAGAAGUGCCCAGCACAAACCUGUAUGGCUAAGGGAAAAUGAUGAAACCUACAUCGAUGCAAUAGGAAUUCCGCGAGGAGUGCCAGAUAAGUAUAAAAUGGCCGACCAGAUUAAGACAGGGUUUGAGAGUAUCUUUAUCUGGGUAACUCCUAACAAAAAUUUGGACCGCAUUAAUUAUGUGCACUACAACAUUCAGCGGUUAGGGAAUUGGACUGUGGAAGGAUUUGAAGCCGUACAUGAACAGCUCAAGGCCACCUCUAUGAUGGCCUUCCAAAAUCGUGUGGCAUUAGACAUGCUCCUGGCUGAAAAAGGAGGGGUAUGUGCGCAUUUCCAAGGGUGGUGUUGCACCCUGAUCCCAAACAAUACGGCACCAGGAGGAAGAUUAACUAGGGCCAUUGAUGGGCUACGGGCGCUAACUAAAAAGAUGAAGGAACACUCCGGGGUAGACACCAGUGUAUGGACUAGUUGGUUGGAUAAAUUUGGAUCAUGGAAAGGAGUCGUACAAUCCAUUGUGACUACGAUUGGAAUCUUCCUGUGUGUAGUGAUUGUCAUUGCCUGCUGUUGUAUCCCGUGUUUUAAAACCAUUCUCACCAAGUUGGUUUCAGUCAUGAUUGACCAAGCCGGAGGACGAAGGGGACAAUAUGCACUCGUACCCCUCGACCCGGAACCGGACCCUCCAGGAGAUGAUGUUGCAUUGGAAGAAGGCCUGUGA